AGACGAAUAGCCCUUGGCUUUAUGUUUAGUCAAAAUGGAGGAUUGACUGAGUUACAUCCUACAUAAAUUUUGUAUUGGGUAGCCUAACGUCAACUUUACAAGGUCUACACGUAGGAUGACUUUGGUUCAAAGCUAAAAAUUGUUCCUUUAUAUGCGUUGUCCUCAGUUGUAGUCCUGCCUUCAGUGGAGAUGGAGGGGCUCAAACUCGGUGAUCGAGAGCUUCAGUAUUAUGCCGAAUUAUUUCAGGCUUGUGAUGUAGAAGGAAGUGGUAAAAUAACAGGACCCAAGGCAUCGGAACUUUUUCUUGCUUCUGGACUAAGCCCCGAUAUAUUGAAACAGAUCACAGAGCUGUGUGGAGCAAAAAGACUUGGUCAUUUUGGGCGAAGCCAGUUCUACAUUGCUUUGAGGCUUGUUGCAAUUGGCCAGGCUGGGUUGCCACUCAAAUUGGAUACUCUCAAUCCUGGUAAAGACAUCCCCCUGCCCAAGUUCUCCUCGGCCAAAGGAAACGAGCAAGCAGCCCUAGCAGAUCGCAAAAAAUCGAGUGGUGAGCCGGAUGGAGUGGUGACGGCCGACAAGCCUUCUGGUCAGUUGUCCGGUCAGCUGCCUCCACCCCCAGGUUCUAAGAAGUCACACAGUCGGUCCCUGUCUGGUCAGUACAGGGGAGUCGUGCCUGAUGGGCCACCCGCACAGUUCAACUCCACAACUCAGAGCAAUACUCGGGAUGAAUCCCCCCACAACUCCAAGUCCCCGCCUUUCUCCCCGACCCAGUCUCCACCCACUUCCCCAGCCAAUCAAAAGCCCUUGCUGAAGCAGCACACGGCCCCCGCCAUGAUGUUCCCCAACUCCACGGCAUCAGGAGGCGGGGCUCCCACUCAAGCCCCGCCCCUCUCCUCAUCAAGCAUGGACAAUAUGGACUCCACUGCCCCGCCUGACAGAGGCCAUGUGAAUCCCGUUGCUAUGGGAGACGGUGCGGCUGUUGGUAGAGGUCAGGCUGGUCCGGCGGCGACAGCACCAGGGGGUCAAGGUCACAAUCAUGGCCACCAGCGACCGUUGAGUGGGGAGCAACAGCCGGGGCAGGAGAAUGGCUCCUGGACCAUGUUUGAGGACGAGGACAGUCAAAUGUUGAUUGGCUCAGGUUUGAAACAGCACUACAAUAGCCUGGAGCCCCCGAACUUUGACUCGUCCUCCAUCUCGUCAGAGGCAGAGAGCGUGGACGAUGUGUGGAGCAUCACGGAGGAGCAGCGAGAUUAUUAUGUGAACCAGUUCAAGACCAUGCAGCCGGACCUCAACGCUGUCAUUACGGGUCCUGUUGCCAAGCAUUUCUUUGAAAAAUCCAAGUUGCCGGUCGUUGAACUCUCGAAGAUCUGGCAACUGUCAGACCUGAACUGCGACGGAGCCCUGUCUUUAGAGGAGUUCUGCAUCGCCAUGCACCUGGUGGUUCUGCGCCGCAAUGACAUCGAGUUGCCUGAACACCUGCCUAUCUCCCUCAUGCCAUACUCCGCGCUAGCCAGUGAUGAGCCGUUUGCCGCAGAUCUCCCGCCAGGCAGCACACUUAAACGUGCCACGCCCCCAUCUCCACAAAAUGUAGCCCAGUGGACGGCAUUUGUUCAAGAGUCGGACAGUUCCAGUGGUGUACCUUCCCCUGCUCAUCUUGCUAACUUUGAGUUUGCCAAACCCAGUGCUGAUCCUGAGCUGAAGAUUGUCCAGCCGGUGGCCGUGCGGAUGUCCCCGGAAGGUCUGCCUAUGCAGAACGAAGGCGUGGAUCGUGGUAGGGCAUUCUCAGACUCGGCCGUGCCUCAUGAACCUGGGGGGGCUGAUCCUGGGGAGCUCACCCCACCCCUCACCAAGCAGCGCGCCAACACAGAGUCGCAUCCCCUUGAUUCUAGUCAGUCGGAGACUCCCAACUCCAAAUAUAGCACACCAAUUCAGGGCCGACCAAGGCCUGUGCCGCCUAAGAAGCAGAGUGCAGUGCCUGUUGUGGUUAGAGGUCAGCUCCAGCCUCCACCAGGUACCCCAGCGGACGCGGUCAGCUCCAACUCUGAGCAGAAUGCCUCGGGACACAGUAGUCAGGCCCCGCCCACCCCACCCCCAAGGCCCCCACAUGGAAGGAGCAUGUCUGUGGAUGUCAAGUCAAAUGCACAAAUGGUAGCCCCGGCUGUGCCGCCCAGAGUCUCUCCCAAGGAGGUCAGUCAGGCCCAGUCUGCACCGAAAUCUGGGGAUGUCAGUGCACCUGUUUCAGAGGGUACAGUUGUGGUUCAGCCCCUUGAUGCUCCAUCGGGACCGGAGAACAGCCAGCCUGCACCAGUGUCAGCUGAGAAGGACCUAAUGGAGGACGAAGACACAGCAGACAAUAGUGGGAAAGAUAGACUGCAGCCAAAACCUGCCAUGGCCCUCAGACAAGUGAGCCGAGAUCGGCGGGACAUCCUGAUGGCAGUGCGCACUCACAAGGAGCGAAACACGAUGCUGACCCGGCUCAACAGCGAGCUGAACCAAGAGCUGCAGGAGGUCAUGGAGCAACGCAUCGCCCUGGAAAUACAGCUGGAGCAUCUCAGGCCCUUCUCCAGCUAGCGACGACCUCCAUAACCACUUGUCCCCCCUGGCCACAACCCGGUUCCCAUCACUACCCCCACCACGACCUCCCCCAGAAGUGGUUUUGUGGGGGACCUAACUAGGCUUUACCAAUUCUUCAGUAGUGCAGGAAGUGGGAUAUUCUGUGCGAAAAUGACAUGUGGCACUAUUUUGUUCUAUUCAGUGGAAACAAAUCUUGUAUAAGCUGUGGACUCAUUUGCGGUGAGAGAAAGAGCAAAACAAAUCUUACUUAUGCUGUUGACAUGUGGUUUUGUGGUCUGAGAAUGGAUAUAACAACCUCGAUUCAACAUACUCAGGAUGCAGUGUACGCCUGGCUAUGAAUGAACAGCAUGUUUUCAGUACCACGGUCCCAGGAAAGUUCUCAUGAGUACCUCCCCCCAGACUGACAUAUUUUUCGUCAGGGUCUGAAGAGGGGACAUUUUACUGAGUCAACUCUACACUGCAAAGAAAGUGAGUUGUGGUCCCUAUCUAUUUCCGCAGGAAUCCAUGGAUCAUUUCUUGGUUGCAAACUGAUAAGAUAAGACAAGAAGGGACUUAACACUUGCUAUGAAAUUCCGUAUCUGUUGUGAGCUGGGAUACUGUGUGCAAUGUGGGCCUGUGCGAUGUCCUUUCUAGCUAUGAUUAGAAUAUAAUAUUAUGAAGUAACAGCAAGGCAAGCUGGUAGACUGCAUUAAAGUGAAUUACUUGAUUCUUGCUUACAGAUUCUCACAAGUCAAAAAGUGAAGCUUCCAGUAAGUUGUGUUGUAAAUUAGAGUCUGAGAGUGGACUGUAUUUUAGUUUUCGGUUGAAAACUUAAUAUGAGUGGAAAUAAAACGAAGGCUGUUGGAGAUUUUCUCCAGGUCUUCCCCUUGUUGUUUACUUGUGACUUUUGGAGAAGUCUGGGUCCUGGAAACUUGCUGUGUCAAUGGAACGAAAGGAGGGGAUUCCACCUGAGUUCCUGUAUGCAGCAUUCAUUUAGUCAUGUGUGUUGGAAUGUAGUCGUCUUUUAAAACAUUUUACCUCCUCACACGCGCGCACACACACACACACACACACAGUCACACUCACACACACACUUGCACCUGUUGUGCAGUGUGCUGGUUAUUAACUCUCUAAUUUCACAGCUGGACAAUUCUUUUAUUCGGUUAGUCUGGGUAUGCAGUUCAUGGUGCCCUGACCGUGUUUAAAAUCUCUUAUUUGCUCUGUUAGCUGCUUGAUUUUCUUCUUCUCUCUCUUUUUUUUUGGGGGGGGGGGGGGGGGGGGGGAUUGAGAUCAUUUUUAGACCUGAGCUUUUUGUAAAGAUGAGGAUCUUCUACUCUUCUCUAGAUAAACACUGAUAAAUACUGGGCAUUUAAAAAUAAGUUAUUGGUAAUUUCACUACUUUUUAUGUUUGACAAGACAUUGGCAAUAACUCAUAAAGUAAUUUCUGUGUGAAUGGUGGAUAUUUGCUCAACUAGCCCUCCUGUGUAAUGUUGGGUGUUCAGAAUUCCAUUUGGUCACCUGUAGCAACACUUACGUUGGAGAGAAUGAAAUGUUCCCUUUUUGAUUGAGGAAGAGAAGUGUUUUGUAUUGCAUUUUGCACCCUGUGUUCAUGUGGAUUUACUUGUCAAUUUUAAUUUGGGUGCUCUGGAAGAUGCAUUAUAAAGAUGAAAUGCCCUUUUAGAAAUGUUUUUCAGUCAAAGAAAUUUUUCGUUGUGCUUCGUGUGUUUGAGUUUGAGAUUGUUUGUUGCUUUUACAAGGAAAGUAAUGAUGUGUUCUUAUGGCACAGGACUUACGUGUACACUUUACCGGAAACAUGUUUUCUUUGCUUUCAAAAUAGCUUGAAAGUUUCUGCAGGCUUUUUGUCAACAUCUGUUCUGUCUACCAUUUUUUUUUUCUAAUGAUAUCUAAGUUCAUGUUAUUCAUAUAGCAGGAAGCUCCUUUCGGAUUGUUAGUUCUAUUUUUUUUUAGUUGUAUAGUGUUUGGGAGAGUUACUUCAGAUUUUCCACAAGGCUGGUUAACUUUGGUACCCUUUGACUUGUAUUGAUAAGUCUUAACAAGGUCUGUUUUUAAUUAUGUUGAAAGCCCUUGAUUUUUAUACUGAAGAAAGCAUCAGGACAGUUUGAACUAGGAAGUUUAUUUAUUUCUGUCUUAUUUAGUCUUUCACCACGAAAGUAAUCCUUUGGAAAUGAAAAUCUCAGUUCAUACACAGUAGUAGUGGGUUGGGUUUUUUUCUUUCACUUUACAGCUUGCAAACUAUGUACCUGAUCUGUGUUUUGAUGAGAUUGAUGUAAUGUUCAAGUCAUAGCUCAAAUUUCCAUGUCCUUCUUCCACGAAGUUUAAUAGAUAUUCACAGCAAUACGUAUAUAUUUGAAUUAUAUUUUUUUUCCCUCGCUGUGUUUAGCACUGGCAGGAGAUCCUAGAUAUACGUGGAGCUUGGAGCUGAGUAUAAGUCUGUCAGUAUUGUUUGUACAGUGAAUGGACUGGAUGUUGAAAUCUGUCGUCACUUCUUUUUUCUAGAACUUUUCCAUGAGGGCAUUUGAUCUUAAGGUGCCACUGGUAUGUCCCUCUUAUUAUAUCUCCCUCUAUAGUUUCUGUCAGUCUCUCUGUCUUGCUUUUUCCCAAUGCUAGAUUGAAGUUAUUGCGAUGAUGUGCUUCACUUUACUCAGACAUUUGUGUCUUUUUAAAACUUUGUUGUGGCAUAAGGGGACUUUUGUGAUGAAUGAUUAGAAUUAAUGUGAUGACAAUUCCCAAAGUAUUCAAGCUGGGCCUGGUUUGACCUUCAGACUAGUUAUGUUUGUGGGCACAGGUUUACUCCUAAGCUGAGGUAUUCCCCUGAAGCAGAUUUAGGUUUCAGUAGAUAGAUAGUGUGAGUGCUCAAGAACUGGAGAGUCCUGGUUUCAAACCCGCACUUAGUCUUUGGGCUUGGUGUAUAGUCCAGAGUUCCAGUGGCCUGACCUGACUGUGUUGAAAGUGAUGUAAAACUAUUGUAGUCAUUUUUUAUAGUGCCUAUGAGUAGAUCUGGUCUUUAUUGAGUUCAGAAAUUUCUCUUCUCUGUUUGAUGUCGACCGACUUUCGUCCCUGACAAUGAAGCUUUCCGCUGCCCAAGCAUAGGCUGAUGUUUUGGAGACUUGAUGGGUUGGUUUUUGGCAACUAAAAGGAGAAAAGAGUUGAAGGAAAAUUUGGUAUGUUGUGAUCCUAUUGAAAACUGUCAGAAAUUUGCUUCAAGAGGGGAAGAAAGGUUUUUUUGUUUUUUUUCCCCCUUUUAAAAAAAAUUCUGCUGUUUGUUGCUUAAGAUGGUAGUUCUAUCCACUCGUGGAUAAGUUAUUUUAUUGAGCAUCUCGGUCUGUUGGCUGGGAUGCUGUGUCCAAAAUAAUCAGAAUUGAUCCUGACAGACAGGGUAGAAGCAGCCCACCGCUUAGAUGAUCUAUAUUGUGUCAAUGGGGUUAUAAAACCAUUACAAUUCCGUCAUAAAUUUUCCUGAAAGUAUUGCGGAAUUACAGAUUCACACUGAUGUCCUCAGCGAAUUAUAGUUUAUUAAAUCUAGACUUUCCAAAAUAAUAAAAAUUUGUCUCCAGCUUACUUGUGGAGAUAAAAUGAUGUUUGAAGUAUAAUAAAUCGAUAGUCUACAGUUGCAAGGACACUUAUAUAUAUAUGCAAUGCAAAAGCUGUUAUCUACUCACGUCGAGUGUUAGUUUUACUUUUAGUUUCAGAAUGCUGGAUUUAGACAUCAGCAUCCUUGUUGGGACACUAAUCUUUAUAUAUAUGUAUACGCUUUGUAUACCCCGCACACCAGCAUUUAUGGAUUCACUCCCGUUCCCUAUAGCGUAUCUGGUACUAUGGAAAAAAAUA